CUCUUCUCUGAGCUCGCCGACUGAUCCCACUCCGACGACUCGCCGCCGCCCCCCACUUCUCGCGAUAAUAUAGUCGGAGGAAGAAGGGCGUCGACAAGAGGGACCGGAAUGGCUCUGCGGGCCGCAAGGAGGCUGGCGUCUUGUAGCCGCCAACGACGCUUCCUCCUUCCCUCUCAGCCGCCCAACAUGGCCACCACGGCGGCAGCCUUCCUCCACUCCCACGCCACCAGCUUCGGAUACAAGCAAGUGCGUGAAGAGGAAAAGAGCAGAUUGGUUGGCAACGUUUUCAGCAGCGUCGCUUCCACCUACGAUCUCAUGAACGAUCUGAUGAGCGUCGGCCUGCAUAGGUUGUGGAAGGACAGGCUCAUUUCCAAGUUGAAUCCCUUUCCGGGGAUGAAGCAUCUCGACGUGGCUGGUGGAACAGGAGAUGUGGCUUUUCGUGUACUGGAAAGAAUUAAGAGCGUGAGCCACCGAGCAAUGCAGGGUAUUCUUACUGAUAUUGAAGAAGACACUCACAUAUAUGUUUGUGAUAUUAAUCCAAAUAUGCUAAACGUUGGAAAGAAGCAUGCUGCGGAAAGAGGCUACAGCGAAGAGCAUUGUCUUAGUUGGAUACAAGGAGAUGCAGAAGCUCUGAGUUUCGAGGAUGGAUCUAUGGAUGGCUAUACUAUCGCAUUUGGGAUCAGAAAUGUGACACACAUUGAGAAAGCUCUAUCAGAAGCUUACAGAGUUCUAAAGAGAGGCGGAAGGUUCCUAUGCUUGGAGUUGAGUCAUGUGGAUGUUCCGCUUUUCAAAGAAAUUUAUGAUGUUUAUUCAUUUUCUGUGAUUCCGGCUAUGGGAGAGCUAGUUGCUGGUGAUCGACAGUCGUACCAAUACUUGGUUGAGAGUAUCCGUCGGUUUCCAAAUCAGGAAAAGUUUGCACAGAUGAUCCAGGAAGCCGGAUUUGAGAGAGUAGAAUAUGAAAAUCUCGUUGGCGGUGUAGUUGCGAUUCAUUCUGGACUGAAAUUGUAGAUUAAUGAGCUGAAGCACAGCUUCAGAGAGCGAUACUUUUGGAUGUAAGUUUGUAUUAUUUUUGUUUUCUUCACCUCCGAAUAAGGACUGAUGUUUUGCAUAAUAUGUGCUACGUUGGACAAUGAGUUGCCUAGUGUUUGACCUGCGGAAAGAAAUACAUACAUCUCGCCUUUUGCAGCACUACAAUUUUCUAUGUGUUUUUACCA